GUACCUUACCUGUCUGUACUGCUGGUUUACCUAUGGCUCCAUUCAAUACGGCUGGAAUGGCAAAUUGUGGCAUCAUGAAUGAUGGCAUGACUACGGUACCUAAUGCUCGGAAUGAUUGCGCCUUAGUGAUGGCAAUUACUAUAUAUAUUGAGAUACUUGCGACUCGAACUCCUCGCCUUCAGUUCUCGUCAUCAGAAAAUAUCAUACAACACCUAAAAUUCUAAUUUUAUUAGUAAAUUAUCAGGAAAACGCACACGAUGGGUCAAUCACCUUCAAAGAUUUCAACCCAUGGCAGGGGAGAAUCAACUCUAUCAGAAUGUCUCGCCGGAAUCCUUUGUGGAAACCGAUCUGCAGUAGAUGAAUUCUCUCAGCAAGAAGAAGAGGAGCAUUACUAUCCACAUGCUCUGAUCUUUCAAGGAACCGACCCGAAGGCAGAUAAACUCUCGACCAGACUAUUUUUUCGUCGACCUUUGACUUUGAACAACCUAAAGCUCUUCAAACAUCGACCUUCAAGUCUCGUCGGCGCUGUCUGGAGAUAUAUCGAGCCCACUGGACCAAAUUUAAGCGAUAUCCAAAAAGAAGCCAUUAUGAGGUGGAAAGAGAUAGAUAUUCUCAAUUCCACUAAUCCAUAUCAGCUUUCACCGAUCGAAAAUGUCCUGGAAAAAUACUUUCACAUAUUCGAUGACUUGUUCUUUAGAGGUGCAUUAAAGAAUCACGUCAUUCUUAUCAUUUCCACAACUUGUGCCGCUACGAUACCUGGUUGUAAGGGUCACACAUCCGAAGACUCUAAUGUUGUUUUCCAAAGGGCUAAAAAUGGUCAGCUGCAAUGUCGAUUCAAUCCCAUUAGCACAAUCACUAUCUACAUUAACGAGAAGCUCGAGCCCAUGUCAGGGAAAGUCCUGAAAGGUCUAUUUGGGGUAUUGGUCCAUGAGAUGUGCCAUGCAUUUUUCUAUAUUUAUGGUUGUGUUGGAAACUGCUGCCGCGACGGAUCUUUAGACCUGGGUACACGAGGCCAUGGAAUCAUGUUUCAGGAAAUCACAUUCAAUAUCCAAAUCAUGGCGGCAAGUGAGAGUGUUUUGGGCUGUAAUCUCAAUAUGGGUAGAUAUUUUAGCCUACUACAGGAACUGCGCGAUAAACAGGGUUGGAAGGAGCAGAUGGAUGUGAGUAGGUGGGGUUUCGAUGAGAAGAAGUUGAUCAAUGAUCUAGUUAAAAUUAAUACUUAAGGGCUUGAUUUGAUCCCAUGUGGGGUGAAAAGACCCCAGGAGGAAGGCCCAUCGCAAUCUGAUUGUAUAGAUUCGAUGUUUAGUAUAAUAAAUAUACAUAUUCUAU